UGGAAGUCGACCAGCCCCGGAAAAAAAAAAUUCGGUUUUUUUCUUAACGCCCGUUUAGGGCAUCGACUCGGUCAAGUAACGUUAAAGUAAAGUAUCCGGCAUAAGCUCGUUACGGGGAUUCUUGGGGAUUCUUCCAUCCCGUCUACCUAAAAGUAUUAGUUUUCUAUCUGUCUGAACCAAACUUUGUUUGGCUCAAAUGAAGAACUUCUUUGGUAGCGGCAAGAAGCCAACGUCCUCCUCCACUCCUCCUCCUCCCCUUUCCUCUACUAGGAAAUCCGCUACUUUCGAGGAGCGCGACCGUGAGAACCACGAUCCGGCCGAGCAACCUCCCGCAUACUCGGAGCCUUCUUCUCCAGCGAGAGCAAAGUCGCCUUCAAAGUCUUCAAAGAGACUAUCUCGGCCCGCUUCUUACGCCGCCGAGUCCACAAAAUCUUCCUCGCGUUCUUCUAGAUUGUCGAGGCAGUCUACCGACCCGGGCCAUUCUCACUCCCAUUCUUCCUCUCGUCGGCACAAAUACGAGCCCGAUACGCAUCCGCUCAACCUCCCUCCCGAAGAACGAAAGCGAUUAUCCGCUCUCGCCGCCGCAAUGAACGGUAACUCCAUGGAUGUCGACAGCGAGCCUGUUAAUGGCGCUCGUUCAACUACUCCUCCCAACCCGAAGGCCCAGACCAACUUUUCCGUCCCUAUUCCCAACGGCUCCAGUCAUGAUGACGGCGCCCCUCCGCCGCCUCCUCACAAAUCCAACCCUGGAAGCCCAACAAUUACGCCUGAGGAAGACGCCGAAGCCUACAAGGCUGCUGGUAACCGAUUUUUCAAGGAGAAGAACUACUACAAGGCUAUCGAGCAGUACAGCAAAGCUGUCGACCUGUUCCCCUUCUCCGCUACUUAUCUAGGCAACCGAGCUGCUGCUUAUAUGUCUAAUGGUCAAUAUGAGCAUGCUCUUGAAGACUGCUCCAGGGCUGUCGAUUAUGAUCCUCAGAAUGCCAAGAUUCUUCUGCGCUUGGCCCGUAUCUAUACCGCUAUGGGCCGACCAGAGGAAGCCAUGACAACCUUCAGCCGCAUUGACCCCCCACCAUCUGCUAAGGACAUGGCCCCUGCGAAGGAGAUGUUGCAUCAUAUUCAGUCUGCCCGUGAUAUUCUUGCACGUGGAUCUGGAUCUGGUAUGUCCAUGGUGCUUCAUGCUCUAGACCUGGCUGAGCGCGGCCUGGGUCCCGGUGUCAACAAGCCCCGCAAGUGGCAGCUUAUGCGUGGAGAGGCUUAUCUAUUAAUGGGACGGGAAAACUCAUUGGGAGAGGCGCAAAAUAUUGCUAUGAACCUCCUCCGAAACAACAGCCAGGACCCCGAGGCUCUUGUUCUCCGAGGACGUGUUCUCUAUGGUCAGGGUGAGAACGAUAAGGCUAUCCAGUUCUUCCGUAUGGCUAUCAACUGUGAUCCUGAUUUCCGUGAUGCCGUCAAGUGGCUCAGAAUUGUCCAAAGACUUGACCGCAUGAAGGAGGAAGGCAAUGCCGACUUCAAGGCAGGUCGUCUACAACAAGCUAUCGAGAAGUACACCAAUGCUCUGGAAAUCGACCCUUCCAAUAAGAGCAUGAACUCUAAGCUGUUGCAGAACCGGGCACAAUGCAAGAUCAAGCUCAAGCAGUACGACGAUGCUAUCGCCGACUGCGAGCGGGCCAUUAACCUUGACCCCAGUUACACAAAGGCCCGCAAGACCAAGGCCAAUGCUUUGGGUGGUGCCGAGAGGUGGGAAGACGCCGUUAAGGAGUGGAAGGCGAUCCAGGAGCUCGAUCCAGAGGACCGUACCAUCAUGCGAGAAAUUCGCAAGGCGGAGCUUGAACUCAAGAAGGCCCAACGCAAGGACUACUAUAAGAUCGUUGGCGUCGAGAAGACCGCUACAGGUGACGAGAUCAAGAAGGCCUAUCGCAAGAUGGCUGUUAAGCUCCACCCUGACAAGAACCCCGGCGAUCCUCACGCCGAGGAAAAGUUCAAGGACUUGCAGGAGGCUUACGAGUGCUUGAGCGACCCUCAGAAGCGUGCUGCCUACGACAACGGCGAUGAUCUUAUGGAUCCCAACGACAUGUUCGGUGGCGGCGGCAUGGGAGGAGGUAUGGGUGGCAUCGACCCGGAGAUCCUCUUCAGCAUGAUGGGCCAGCAGGGUGGUUUCGGCGGCGGUGGUUUCCGAUCUGCUGGGGGCUUCCCUGGCGGUGGUGGCGGCGGCGCCCACUUUAACUUUGGUGGUGCUGACCCCAGGCAGCGUGGAGGAUUCCCUGGCGGUUUCAACUUUUCAUGACCAUCCGGCGCGGAUGAUGACGAUGACGACCUAUGGGAUAGUGAGGAUGAGGAUGCGGACUUCUAUGACGAAGAAGACGAGGAUGAGGAUGAAGAAGACGAAAACGACGACUAUGCAACCACCAGUGAAGAGGACUUCCACCCACAGUCCCCCCGGGACAGUAAGCUCCGAGAUGAUCUUGAACAGCGCCGAGAUGCCCACGACCGGCUGGUAGAUGCUGUACGACGAUACGGCAAGUUCUUCAUGGCGGCAGCUGUCUUGCUCCCUUGGCAAGUGGUGAUCCUCAUUUUGACGCUGGUUGGUUCAGCAUACAUAUGCAUGAAGCACAUUCCACUCUUUGGCAGGAGAAAGCCGUUAUCACUGU